AUGGAAAGGGUGUUGAAGUUUCUCAGAACGCGAUUUAACCAACCGAGUGACAGCGAUCAAAUAGGAAAUUACGCUGUUUUUGAUGAAGUAAGGUUUGCAUAAUUUUUUUAAACAUUAGCUGUCGCAGGGUAACCGAGGAGGGUUUCCUUCGAAUGUAGUUGCGUUUGAUUACGAAAAUGGAGUCAUUGCAAUUGGAACAUUGAGCGGGGAAGUUAGCUUCUACGGGUACAAAGGUGCAUCUUGGUCAAUCGACUUGAACAAGACAGUUACUACUAAUGUUGACGUUGUGAACAUUGUGAAAAUUCAUUUUGUUUCCAAGGAUAAGCUCUUUGUUUUGUGCCGUGGUCCAUUUAUCACAUGCCUCGAAAUAAAAGGUAAGAAUGCAAUUGAAAAGAAUAUUGUAUAUUGCCAUUUCCCAGAUGGAAUUAUCUUGUUGAGCAGGAAUCUGUGCUACAGCGAAAACUAUGCGUUCAAAUGGAAUUGCACAUUUAUCCGGAAAAAGUUCGAGGCGCUAGUAUUUUGUUAGUUUUCGUGGGCCAAGUAGUUUGAAAGUUCAACAAUAAUCUCUCCGAAAGAUAGUGGUCUCUUGGGCCACUUUUGAAAAAAAUAUGUUUGCUUUCGAAAAAUGAUGUUUUUGAAGCGGGAGAAAUUUUUAUCGAAGAAGUAGUUGUCUUUGGAGUCCGGGUAUUUAUUUUCGAGACAGGAGCACAAAUGAAAGAAAAAUAUUGAUAGCCAAAAACUGCUUCUGAUUUUCUUCUUGGUUGAUUUAGCCCAAAUCUUGGGUAGUAUGGACAUAAGGUAAAAAUAUUAAAAAAUUUAUUUAAAAAAUUUAUUGUGAUGAUAUAAUGACCAUUUUUUCUCAAAGGUGAUUCAUGGGACCAUUUCUAAAAAGAUCAUAUUCGGAGUUGAACAUUUUUGAGAAAAUCUCAGAUUUCCUGGAGUGUUUCCAAUUGAUUUGAAAUUUUUCGUUUGAGUAUCUUAUGACCCCUUACCACAAAACCGCUGUUGGGAAGUGAGCUUGAGAUGUUCAGGUUUUUAAAAACUCCCAAGUGUAAACGCCGAUCCUUGUGAGGGAAGCCUUCGAUCCUUGUGAGGGAAGCCUUCGAUCCUUGUGAGGGAAGCCUUCCACUCUUUUAUCAAACACUGGCCAAGAUCUUCGAUUAUUCGAAAUACUAAUGGGGUUAUUCAGGCUGUGAAAAAAAUGAUUUUUUUUUGAUUUUUCAAUGAGCAAUUCGUAAACUGCGACCCAAAAAGCCUCGUACGUGAUAUUCCAAAUUUCUACGAAAAAGCACGAACAAAUCCUUUCUAACUUUGACUCUUUGAACCCGUGCCGAGCUACGAUAAGCUCACUUUCCAAUCGCGGUUUUGUGUUAAGGGUUUAUGGGGUAUUAACACAAAACACACAAAACACGUUGAUUAAAAAGGAAAAUCAAUGUUUUGAGUGAUUAAAUUAAAUAAUUCAAAAACAACCUUAGAACAUUGUAGAGUUUUUUAGACAUGGACAACCAAGUUUUCCAACUAUAUCAGAACAAACCCGACACUCAGACGUUGGUAGACAAAGAUCAUCUCGAGAACUGGAUUGCUCAAGAAACUGAAAUAACACAUAUCACUCACUUACCAGAAAACCCGCGUAUUCUGUUGUUUUGCACAGCUGAUGGAACUAUCCUGGUUUUCAAAGAACAACAAAUUUCGAUGAAACUGGAAAUGAAAAACUUCGAAGAUGACCCGAUUCUAGUGAGUAAAGCAAUUGAAAAUUCUUCGCUGAAAACUCUAACUAGGGGAGUCCUCUGAACACCAUUAGAGAAUCUCUCGAGAAAAAUCAUGGAGAACUUUAAGAUCUCAACAUAGAAAAAUUAUAGAAAAAACCGGAGAACGCAGUUGAAUAUUUUAAAGUGAAAGUCAAAUUUGUUGAAAAUUACACCUGAAAAUUAGACAUAAUUAUAACCUAACCCCAAAAAUUAUCAAAAUUCCCAUGAAUUAGUUCAGGAAGGAAAAAACCAAUUAAUAAUUACCAGUUAAUAUUUACUCUUCCUCGACAAGAUCUCAAACUGACUACAAUGCAUGUCAUAUCUUUUAGACCCCCUCAAUUUUGGACUCCGGGAGCAAACCAAAGAAGAUAUCAAAAAUCUGUUAAUGCCAAUCGAUUUGGCAUACAAAGUAACCCCCGCGGCCGAUUUGGACCCAUCUAAAAACAUUUCAUGCUCACGCACCAUAAAAAACUGAGUUUCGGCCGCGAAAUAAGUUUAGGAGGCCCUCAAAAAUGACAAAGUUUUUUGGAAAACUGGCGAUUUGAGAGUCAAAACGUAUUGCAGAAUUGUUAGAACUGCAGAAACAUGCAUUUUGACAUUAUCCCUACAUCUGGAACUUACUGGUGCUUAUUUUUUGUGUACCGAUUUUUGUGGUUGGUCCAAAAACAGUGAAUAUUGGAGCAAAUCGAGUUUCAACGAGCAUAACUUUGUUGAAACUUCUUUGUUUCUCACCAGACUUGGACAAAACGUCACCAAUAACAUUGAUAUGUCCAAAUGAUAACAAAUAAUGGAACAUUGGGGUUUCGGAUGGAAAAUCUUGAAAAACGGUGCUGGCACUUAAAAAUUGCCAGAUGGUCUUAUAGAUAUGACAUGUCCAAAACCCCGACUUUCUGAUGGUGUGUGGGUGUGAAACGAGUUAUGACCAUGAAAAUUUGCCUCCGGAGGUGACUUUUAUGCCAAAUCGAAUGGCAUUAACAGAUUUUUAAUACCUUUUUUGGCUUGGUCCAGGAGUCCAAAAUUGAGUGGUCUUAAAGAUAUGACAUGCACUUUACAGAGUGGCAAUUAAGUAUACAACUUUUUUCCUUAACCCUAAUGGUAUUGUCCAUCCUUCACCAUUUUUUGGCAACUAAAAAAGAAUUCCCAAUUUUUUCGCGGGUCCUGAAAGUGAGUGAAACUUGCGCCGCAGGCGACUGUUUGGCAAUAUUCAAAUAUUGGCACAAAAAUACAAAUGACAACCGCUAACACUCAAAUCGUUCAUAAACUAAAUAUUUGAACCAUUAUCAACAUUUUUCCGCAAUGGGCGCAAUUAUCUAAAUUUAUCUGGCCCAAUAGAAGCAAUAUGAGAACGUUGCAUACUCAAUUGCCACCCUGUUAAAUUUUUAUGUACAAAAUAAGAGUGGUGUCCGCCUAUCUGUCUGUUUUUUUGAAUGUCCGUAUAGCGCGGCAGAAAGAAAGGGAGAGCAGACGAAACCAAGUAAGGUCCCCCUAACAUGCCAAAACAGCAAUUUGAAGUAUUAAAACAGCAAAAGUUUGACAGAAACAGUUUUCCAAAUGUUAAAUUUCUGAAAAUUUUCAUCAUAUUUUGUGAAACCACCUUCAUUUUCUAAAAAUAUUCCCUAAAAUCAAAAGACUAAUCUUUCCAAAAUGGCAGUUUUCCAGCAACUGUUCUGGAGUUCAACUGAAAACAUUGCAUACGGUAUCUCGAGCAAUCAUACAUAUACAAAAUGGAAAUUCACUCUCGGAAAGGACGAUUAUGUGAGAACGACUGAGAUUAGCAUCUACGAUUCAAAACUGUUCGGCCCAUACCCAUGUCAUCAGAUAAAACAUUUCAACGUUGCCACAAGCAAUCAGUAAGACACUUUAAAUAGGCACAUUUUAUUUUAAGAAAACGGAAUGCACGGCAAUUGAAAUAUUUUUUACAGAAGUGACGGAACAGAUAUUUUGAUUUAUCAAGGCGGAAAGAGCUCUGGAAAAUACGAUGACAGAGACCUUAUUACAUUGAGAGUCAACCAGCAUUCAGAAAAAUUAGAAGUGUCGUCAGAAGUAGUUGGAAUUGCAACUGUUGAUGGAUCUUACGGUUAGCAAGAGCAAAAUAAUUUUUGUCAAUUCCUUUUUUCAACAGAUGAUAACAAAAAUGCUGGGAUUAUUUUGAUUUGCACAAAGUGCGAAAUAAUUGGCAUCGAUCUGAAAACUGAAUUUUUUAAUAUGUUGCAACCUCGGCAUUUCAUUUCUAUCAAUAACAGCACUCCUACCACGCACGCAAAAACAAUUGAAAUUGAAGAAAACGUUUGGAAUCGACUCGAAACCGUAAGAUUGUUAUUCAUUUUUAGUUCAUUCUUCAAAAAUUUUACGUAAAGAAUCUACUCCUCAGGUAAAUUGCUAUUAAUCUAGUUAACCAAUUUGCGUUUCUAAGCGAACCUUGUUAUUCGGUAAACCUCUGCAACUUCUGAGCAGACUUUGGGGUGACAGUAGCUUUUGAGCAACAGUUUAGUAACUUUUGAGCAAACUUUUGUGAUAAGCAUUAUUUUUAGUUACAUUCCAACAACUUUUGAGCAAACGAUCGGCGAAGUUUUGAGCAACACUUCAUGAACUUCUGAACAAACAUUAUGGCAAUAGAAAAUUCUGCACAGAACUUAAGCAACCUUUGCGCAGAACACCAGCAGCUAUUGAGCAGAAGUUAGAUGAAGGUUGCUGAAGUUUUGCUCAAAAGUUUCCGAGGUUUACCGAGUAGAUUGCUAGUUUACUGCGAUUAGAUUGCUGAUUCUACUGACUAGACUAAUACAUUUUUUUAAUUAGACUGAACAAGCAAAUUAGAUUGCAAAACACAUAUAACAGAUUCAAAAAUUCAGCUAAUUAGAUUAACACUUCGGCUGCACCUAGCUAGAUCAUGUUAAUAUUGCAAAAUCAUCUAGCUAGAUUCAGAUUUCGGUAGCAAUCUAACUAGAUUAGGUUAGAAACACGACCGAGAAACUUUAGAUUGUAGUACAAGCAGUUUUGCUUGGGAUACCAAGCCGUUUCAUAAUCGUUUGUCGGGGUGCAGACUGAUCAGUGCUAUUUGCCUAAAACGAAUCCGUUUGAUUUGGAACUCGGCAAAAUAGUAAAAACAUGUCCAUAAAAAAAUUUACCAUGAGCACCGGAGCCGCGCAGGUAUGCACCACCGUAGCGUCAAACUUUUUUGCGGGUAAAUAAGCGCCAUCCUGUACAUGCACUAGCAUAGAUAAAAUGUGCUAAAAACGUUGCGCUGAAUCCAGAUGGUCACUGUUUAAAAAAAAGUUAGCGGUCAGAUUUCGAGAUAGUUUCUGACUGCCAUACUUUUAAAUAAAAAAUUCCGUAAACGUUUCUAACAAUUGCCAGCAACGCGAUCAUUUUAAUUAUGUCUUAUUGCACAACUUUGCAGUUAGGCAUAUUUAAAUUGCGCAAAAACUGACAGAGAUACAAUAGGUCGAAGGUUAGAAAGUGAUUUAAUCGUUGAAAAAGUGAUGAUUUCUCGAAAAAUUUUGACCCGUUUAAAAAUGAUAGUCAUUCUUACUUCUCAAAAGUCUGUCGAUUCCCAUAGUCUCGUUAAAAAUUAGGGAAUACAUUACGAAAGCAUUCUUUGUGAGUCUUUUUGAAUUAUUUUCAAGCUCACGUUACCUGAUUUUCCAUUUUACAGGCAAGUAAAAAAUUUUGGGAAGCGAAUAAUUUUUCUUCUCGAAGUUGGCCGCUAUACUCUCAAAAGGAGACUGUGACAGAUGCGAACUCACAAAGGGCCGCAUUCCGUCAAGUUUAUUUGUCAGGGCAUUCAAAUGGAAAUAUAUGUGUGUGGACAACUGGAGGUGUCAAUAUGGCGCUGUCGUUGAUCAUAAAAACUUCGUUGGAGUUUGAGUGUGGAUCCACUUUUCAAGUACAGUUCUUCCAGUUUUCUGAUUUCGCAAUGUUCACAAACUGAAGCCAAAUGUUCAAAAAAAAAUUAGACUUCAGUACACAAACAGACAGAGACAGAAAAAACGAUGCAUUUAAAAAUGCAUGUUUCAGAAUGACAGUGAUGAUUUGGAAGAGACGACGAAGAACACAGUUCGCAGGGUGAGCAUUUCAAAGAUACGUUUCAAUAAAAUAUUCACUUUUUUUAGAUUGGCUUAUACGACCCAUUUGAUGAUGAUGAAGAAAUGUGCAUAACUAGAGUUUGUUUUGAUUCAAAGUCAGGCAUGAUCCUUGCAACGAAUAGAGGAGGAUACGUGCUAAUGUACGAACUUUGUGAAGAGUCACAGACACUUUCUACAUAUGAACCUGUGAUAGCUAGUUUUCAAGACACUAUCCAAUCUUGUCAGCAAAACUUGAAACCACGAAAAGAAAGCGUUGAUUACAUUUCGGGAUAUCAACCACGAAAAACAAGCGGAAGUGAAACACCGUGAGUUUUUGAAAAAUUAGCUUUUCAAAGAACGUUCCGUGGAGAUGUUUGAAACUACCAAAUAGUCGCGGUAUUUCAGACUUGUAUUUCUAGUGCCACGUUGUUAUCAGACAUUGAAUAUCGCGUAUGUUCAUAAAUACAAUUGCUUAGUCAUUGGGACAAACUUGGGAACCAUAUUCCUUGAUAUCAAAUGUGGUGGUGUCGUGCAAAAAAACUGCUAUGAAAAAUUAGAAAGUAUGUGAAGAGUAGUAAUCUAUGUAUUUUGUACACUUAUCUCAAAAUUUUCUAGAUCGAAUAGGAGACUGUGAUGGAAACAGGCUCCAGCGUUUCAAAAGCCUGAAAAAGUCGCUUAGACGAACUUUCCGUCGAAAAAAAAAAGCGUUGGAAGCUGAUAGUGACAAGAAUCUCGCUAAAGACGAAGAGAGGAAAAUUGAAGACGAAGCAAUUUUUGUUGAAAGAAAAAUCGAGACACCGGAUGAAGAGUUAGACCGAAAACAUCCCGCGCGUAAGUUUCUUGCCUUUUCUCUCAACUUAUCGUUACAUUUUACGUCAGAAACGUUUUGACAUCUUGAAAAAUGUGAAACAAAAAAGACAAAGGGAAAUAAUGUUUUACUUCAGGAUUAUCAAGAGCAGUAACCUGCCUGAAAGCAAUGCGAUUUCCCCUUCUUGACGAAAAAAAUAUUGACGACGUGAUUGCAGUCGGUUUGAGUGAUGGUGUAGUACUAUUUUAUGCAAUAAGCGAACAUGAUAUUGAAUUACAAAUCAGCUACAAAGCGGAAGAAGUAACGAUACUCUCAGUUCAUGUUAAGCAGCCCAUUUUAAAUAUUGAUAUAACUAACGAAGACCUUUACGUAAUGUCUUCGCGUGAAGUACUUUUAAAUUAAAUUAAUUUCAGUUUUCUGCAACUACAAAUAUAGUAGUAAUGACUGAUGAGCAAGUGAGAGUAUAUAGUUGUCUGCCAAUGAGGAAGCAAGACAGUUACAAAGUGACAGCAUUAGAAGGAUUGAAAAUCAAAAAUGGAAGUGUUUCCAGAAUUGUUUCCAAAAAAAGUGAGUUUUCAUAUUAGUUUUAUGUUUCGCUGAUUUUCAGGCUCUAAUUCAUUUGAAUCCUUUAUUGUGGUGCUACUGAACGAUGGGAGCGUACGAAUUCAUGCUAUGAAGAACCUUACUCAAUUUAAAACAAGAUGUUUGAUCACCGUCAGUAGAAAGAAUUUGUGAAGAAUAGUAAAGGAUAACAUUUUUCAGCAUCACGAUGCCAUUGCAUUAAAUUCCUGCUGUCUGUCAAAAGACGGUACUAUGUCAUAUUUGGUAAGAUCAUCACAAUUGCAACGAAGUACAAUAAAUGCAAACUCAAGAGCUUGGCGCACAUCGAAGCAUCCUUACUGUGA